CCGUAGGAUCAUGAUCGCUAGAUUUAGUCGAUUAAUCUCUUCUACUAGGCCAUUUCAUAUAUAUACAUAUAUAUUUUAUUUUUAUUUCACUUAACCAGGUGAGACGCUGUCGCAGUGGGCAGCAAAAAAGAAAAAAACACAGAGAGGACCUGCCUGUGCCUGGGUUUUGAUUGAGAGAAGUGGAGAGGUCUCUCACAUCCAUUAGCAGCAGCAGCAUCAUGCGCGCGCUUAAGAACUAUUUGUGUCGUUUUAAUCCUCGAAAUGUUCCAUCUCGCCACUUCUCAUCAUCCCCAUCACCAUUCAGUAAAAUAGAUGAGCUAUCCAUUGAAGAAGAUGCUGAGAGGAAAAUUGGAUGGUUGCUGAAAUCAAUCUUUGUCGGGACCGCAGUCUUUGUUGGUUAUCAGUUCUUUCCUUACAUGGGAGAUAAUAUGUUGCGACAGUCGGUUUCGCUUUUGCACGUUAAAGAUCCCUUCUUUAAAAGAAGUGGAGCUUCUAGACUAGCCCGUUUCGCCAUUGAUGAUGAAAGAAGGAUGAAAAUAGUGGAGAUAGGUGGGGCUCAAGAGUUGUUGAUCAUGCUGGAAGCUGCAAAAGAAGACCGCACCAGGAAAGCAGCUUUGAAAGCUCUUGCUGCCCUCUCACAGUCAGAUGAAGCUCUAGGAGCUUUACACCUUGCUGGGGCAAUAUCGGUGAUUAAGUCUAUCCCAGAUUCCUCUGAGGAAGCAGAAAUUGAGAAAUUCAAGGCUAGCUUACUGAAGAGGUUCCAGGAUCUGAAAUAUGAGAACUCAUCUUAAGUAAUUUGUUCAAGGUAUUAAACCUUCCCAUUGUAGGCUUGAAGUGCGGCCAGGUCAAACAGUCAUUUUGAUAUCUUGGAGAGAUUAGAAUUUACAAGGAAUGAAAACACAGUGCAUCCUUUUUUAAUGUAAUACAAACUUAAAUUUUUUCUCGCGCCAA